AUGCCGUCCAAAUCAUCAGGGCGCAUCGCCAAGGUGCGCAAGAACAAGUACUCGACGCCUCACGAGAGGAACCACCGAUGGCAGUCCUUUACCGACAAAAUUUCCCAAUUCAACGCGCUGCAGCCGCUGCGCCGCGUGCGCCGCCACGAUCUCGACGACGAGGACCUGUCGGCCGCGACGUCCUACUUCCACACGGCUCUGCAAAAAUGGAACGAGCUCAACCUGAGCCGGUGCUUCAUCUCAUUCAAGCAAAAGGUGCUGCCGAUUAGCGAGACGCUGCCGCAGAUUCUGCACUUUGAGACACGCAUCAUGGACCUGUUGGAGGAGCACAUUGCGCAGCAGGACAAGGACGGACUGGAGCCGCUGCUGGACCUGCUGACGGCGUUUGCGCACGACCUCGGCGCGCGCUUUGAAAAGUACUACGAGAGGAGCCUGGUGCUGAUUGUCGCGAUUGCACGCCGCCCACAGCCGGCGGAUGUGCUCGAGUGGACGUUUGGCACGCUCGCGUUCCUGUUCAAGUACCUCGCUAAGCUGCUCGUGCCCGACGUACGGCCGACGUACCGGGCCGUGUCCGCGCUGCUCGGCAAGGACCGCCUGCCGGGGCAUAUAGCCCGCUUCGCGGCCGAGGCUGUCAGCUUCUUGGUGAAGAAGGCGGCGGCGCCGUCGCACCGCGAGACGGCGCUGGUCGGGCUGGUGGACUACAUCCGCGCGGAUCUGGCGGGCAUGGUCGACGACAGACAGUUUACGCUGUAUAAUGACGGCGUCAUGACCAUGUUUGCGGAAGCGAUCAAGGGCACCGACGGGACUAUCCACUCAACGGGCGGCGCCAUACUGACGACACUCAUCGAAGCCAUACCUAAUGAGGAAAAGACACUCGGCACACGGCAGGUCUGGACGGAUGUCAUCUGCGGCGUCCUCACGAGCACCAUUCACCACUGUCGCGCGGAGCACUUUGACGAGUAUGCUGAAGCCAUAUUCGACGCCAUUGAGAAAAAGGGCGUGGCUGUCUCCGUGCCGCCGCCGGCGUGGGCCAUCAUUCCGCAUAUCCGCAUCCUGGGCAUCCUGGCCGGUGUCCGCAAGGGCUCGCGCAUCAGCAACUGGAACCGGCUGAUCCGGCUCCUCGACGCGCUACUCGCCAAGAUGGUGCCGUACGCAUCCGCCGACGAGCUCACCCGCGCCGAGAGCGACCAGCUCUGGUCGCACGUGCUCGUCAGCGUGGCCGUCGCCUGGCACCACGCCCCCGUCGACGCCCUCCUCCCCCACCUCGCCUCCCUCACCCAGUCCCUCACCCGCGAGCCGCUCAUGCGCUGGUUCAUUCCGUUCUGCGCCCUCUUCUGCGAGCUGGACCCCCGCCGCUUCGGCAGCCUGCUGCGGGGACCCUUUCAAAAGUUCCUCGCCGCGCACUGGGCGCACGUCGCGCGCGACGGCUCCAACGAGGAGACGCUGUGCGCUCUGCUGCCCGGUAUGAUGGCGCACCGCGCGUUCCCCCCACCGGGCGACAAGGACGCCUGCCGCCUGCCGCAGAGCUGGCAGGACCAGAUCGUGUCGAAAUUUGAGAAUCUGGAAAUCUCGCCGUUUCCGGAGCGCGGACCGUACAACAAGGACCCGCAGGUGUGGCGGGAUCGCUGCCUGCCAAAGUACGCGGCCUUGCUGCAGAUUCUGGAGCUGACGUCGGUGCACCCCUCUACCAAUGCCCGCAUCGCCGAGCUGCUGCUGAAGAAGCUCAAGCUGGCGCUUCGCCCUUCUUCUACACUGGAUUCCGAUGAAGUGAGGUUCAUCGUGGGCCCCGGGUUCCACGCAUACCUGGGCAUGAGCAAGGCCGCGGGUGUCAUUGACUCGAGUCUGAGCCGACUACUGCGCGCUGCCCUCCCUCGAUUUGCCCGCUCUGUUGGAUUCCUGCGCUCAUACCUCACCUAUGUAUCAUCCGUGUCUGGCAGCGCAUCACCAGAGGAACACGCCACUACCGAAGAGAGCUCGUCAGAAAUUGACCCCGCCAUUGCAUCCCUCAUCGAAAACCUGGGCUCUCCCUCCCACGAACUCCGUCACCCCUCUUUACAACUACUACAAUAUAUGGAUAAAUCUGCUGCCGUCAUUGACGCGAUGCUGGAGAUUGAAGAAACUCCCCUUCAGCUACAAAAUACGAGAAGCAUUGGAAUGCUCAUGCGGAAACUGGGUCAAGACUAUACGCAAGUGGACAGCGCCAGCUGGGUUAGCAAAGCUGUCCCGUCAUUCCUGUUCGGCAUGCUCACCGUGAAGCUCUCGCCCGUCUGGGACGAUGCUACCGAAGCACUGAAACAGGUUGCGCUGUCCAAGGCCGGCGAGGAGGCCAUCGCCAAGACUGCGUUUCGAUGGAUUGAAGUGCCCUCGCCGCGAUGGAAGGCCGCGAUGGGCGACGCAUCUGUUACCCAAAGACCAGCUCUGUCCGAUUUCGACUGCACAGCGUACAUGGCACUCGCAAGAGCGGGAGAAGACGUUCGCGAGAAUGCGGUCGGUGCAGCGACCAAGAUGCUAGAAAAAUUUGACCAAGAACAGCAGCUCGUGGAGAACAUUGCCGAGUUUGCGCGUAGCCGCGCUCUCAAGGUAUUCAGCGCACUUCCCGCCAUUGCCGAGAAGAGGUCGCGGCAGCUGGUGCCUCACCUUCUCUGCUGGGCUAGCGAGUCGAAUAACACGGCGGAAGACGCGACUGACGAGGAUGCCGAAGAUGACGAGGAUAAGAACUGGUCGCUGGCCGACAGAAAGAGCAUCAUUGGCGUAUUUUCCCAAUUCGUCAACCCGAAGGUUCUGUACCAGCACGACAAAGUCUAUGAUGCGCUGCUACGUCUCCUCGAGAAUGGUGAUAUUGAAGUGCAGAGGCUCGCGCUCAAGGGCAUCCUGGCCUGGAAGCAGGAGGCUGUCAAGAAGUACCAAGAAAACCUCGAGUUUCUUCUGGACGAGGCGCGCUUCAAGAACGAGCUCGCCGUUUUUCUGCAAAACGACGAGCUCAUCAAGACGGCGCAUAGGCCGCAGCUGAUGCCCGUCCUCCUGCGCCUGCUCUACGGCCGCACCAUUUCCAAAAAGGGCGCCGCGAGCGGUCGCCACGGCCUGCAGGCCACGCGUCUGGCCGUCAUCCGCAACCUGACCCUCCAGGACAUGGGCGACUUUCUCGACAUUGCAAUGAGCAAGCUCCGCGGCGUGCAGGUCCUCGGCCCGUCGGCCGUGCAGACCAAGGCGUCGUUUAGCGAGCCCGUCAUCACGCCCCGCCAGCAAGUCGGUUUCCUCAACAUGAUCUCGUCGCUGAUUACCGAAAUGGGCAGCAAUGUCGCGCAAUACAUUGAAAAAGUGCUCAACCCGGUCUUGUACUGCGCAAUCUAUGCCGGCCGAAAUCUGAGGGAUGUCGCUCUAGAGGUCGAGGAAAGCGACAAAGCGAGCAGCGCGUCGCUGCUCCGUGUUGUUCGCGUGACUGCCAUCAAGUGUCUCAUUUCACUCUUCCAGAACGCACAGGACUUUCAGUGGGAGCCAUACCACGAGCUCAUUAUCCAGGAGAUUGUGGCGCCGAGAAUCGAAAAUCUUGCUGCCGAGACGACACAAGGCGUAUCUGGACUGAUGAACCUCUUCUUUACGUGGUCAGUUCUGCCCAAGUCGGCUCUAUUCCUCGCCCCCCACGACACUUCAUUGCCCGUUGGCGUCUUACCCAGCGUCAUCGACUGCAUCACGGCGGAAAAGACAAAGGACGAGGUCAAGAUUCACUCUCUCGAGAUUCUGCGCAACCUCGUCAAGCUAGCCGUUGCUCCCGCUAGCGAGUCUCAAUUCAAUGAGCUAAUCAAGGUGGAAUUGCUGGAUGCCAACGUGAAGCAGGUUCUAGCCAGCGUUACCAAGGUUCUGGAGGAGCAAACUGUCAGCCACUCGCUCCUGGAGGCGUGCAUUGAAACUAUCCUGGCAUUCUCUGUUGUCGUUCGGGACAUUGAGAACAUUCAGUCCGUUAUACGCAUCUCGAGCUACCUGCUGAACCAGCCUCCACGCCGUGUCAGCCCCAAGGCCAAGGGCCGCAUCCUGCUCAUCGUGGAGAGCUUCGUGUCCAUGGACCACGCUGGCCAAGACGCUAAGUUGCUGCAGCAAGUCUAUGAUACGCUCUCUUCGCUCUUUGGAUACUUCAAGGACCGCGAAAACAGACAAUCACUGGCCCGUGCCCUGCUUGCCCUAUCGAAGCAAGACCUUGAAGUGGUUCUGGUCGCUAAUCUCUGCAAUGAGCUCAACACUUACAACAAGGGCCGUCUGGACGAGCCAGACUACGAUCGACGCCUGAGCGCAUUUACCACUAUUGCCGCUGAGCGCGAAAUUACUUGGACCCCGAAGCAGUGGCUGCCCGUCCUGCACAACCUCAUCUUCUUCAUGCGCGACGACCAGGAAUUUGGUGUUUUGUCGACCAACGCUGCCGAUGGUCUGCGACGGUUUGUCCAAAACGUCGCCGAUGAGCAGUCCGCCGACAUCAAGGCCGUCUUUGAAGAGACCCUCAAGUCUGUGCUCAUGCCUGCUAUUUACGCGUGCGCCCGAGACCCUUCCGAGACGGUGCGCCGCCAGACUCUCCGCGUAUUCGGCUUCCUGAUCUCGACCAUGCCCGACUGGGCGCCUGUGGCCGACCUCAAGGGCUUGCUGGCGGAACAGCAUGAAGAGUCGGCCGAGCCGGCCUUCUUCUUCAAUUUGCUGAGUCCGGCCGUUGCGCGCCAGCUCGAGGCCCUCAAGGCUCUCGAAGCGGCCAACCUCGCCCAUGAGAUGGCUAGCCAGAAUUUGGCGCAAUUCUUCAUCCCGCUGCUGGAGCAUUUCAUCUUUGGGCGCGAAGACGGCGUAGAUGACCAUGGUCUCGGUGCGCAGGCUACCACAACGAUCGGAAGCCUUGCCAUGUCUCUUCACUGGAAUCACUACCGCACGACUCUCCAGCGAUAUAUUAGCUACGUCGGGUCCAAGCCGGAGCUGCAGAAGCAGACUAUCCGCCUGGCUGGUCGAUUUGCUGAUGCUCUCAAUACCUCUUGUGGGAGCAAGGAAGACGCUAUGGAAGUAGAUGGUGAGGAGGCUCCCGCACAGAAGCAGCGCCUUGCUACGAGCACCUCCAAGACCCAGCUCCCCGUCGAUGUCUCUGAAUACUUUUUGCCGCCACUUACCAAAUACCUCCACGAAAAGGAUGAGUCUGAAGUCAGUUUCCGUGUGCCCGUUGGUGUCAUUAUUGUCAAGCUGCUCAAGCUCCUGCCGGAACAGCAAAUGACCCAGAAGCUAGCUGGAGUCCUGACCGACAUUUGCCACAUUCUGCGCAGUAAGAAUGACGAAUCUCGAGACUUGACUCGCGAGACGCUGGUCCAGAUUGCCGCUGUCCUCGGCCCUGGCUACUUUGGCUUCCUUCUCAAGGAGCUCCGAAGUGCCCUGACGCGCGGUUACCAGUUGCACGUCUUAUCGUAUACCAUGCACUCUAUCCUUGUCGCCUCGGUGCCCUCGUUUGGCCCUGGUGAUCUCGACCACUGCCUUCCCUCCAUCGUCAACAUCAUCAUGGAUGACAUCUUUGGCGUUGUCGGACAAGAAAAAGACGCCGACGGCUACACCACGCAGACCAAGGAAAUCAAGGGCAGCAAGAGCCAGGACUCGAUGGAGCUGGUUGCCAAGACGGCCACAGUGACGCACCUCAUUCACCUGGUCAAGCCGCUCCGGGCCCUACUCAUGGAAAAGGUUGACCUCAAGAUGGUGCGCAAGAUUGACGCGCUCAUGUCGCGCAUCACCAUUGGCCUACUGCAGAACCCGGCCGCUGAGAGCCGCGAUACUCUAGUGUUUUGCUACGAGGUCAUCCAGGAAGUGUAUAAUAGCCGGAAGCCUCAGGAGGUGCAAAAGAUGGACCCGAGAGUACGAAAGUACCUCGUCCAGAAGGGUGCCAAGAGGAGUGGCGAUCGAGGCAAGGGGGACAAGCACACCUACAAGCUCAUGCGGUUCGCAUUCGAAAUUCUGCGCGCCAUGUUCAAGAAGCACGAUAGUCUGCGGACGACGGAGAACAUUGCUGGCUUCCUGCCCAUUAUUGGUGACGCCAUUGUGGAUGGUGAGGACGAGGUCAAGAUUUCUGCCUUCCGUUUGCUGGCCGUCAUCGUCAAGGUUCCUAUGGGCGAGGACGGGGCCAAUCUCUUCAAGGUUACUGUCAGAGAGGCUACCAAGAGCAUUUCAAUGUCGACAUCUACCACCACCGACCUGGCACAGGCCGCCCUGAAGCUGCUGUCCGUCUUGCUGCGCGACCGCCGCGAAGUGGUUGUCAAGGACGCCGCGAUUGACUUGCUCCUCGGCAAGCUCAAGAAUGACUUUACCGAGCCGCUGUACCGCCACAUCACCUUUAACUUUUUGCGCUCCGUCCUCGAGCGCCACGUCGAGACGGCCACCGUGUACGACACCCUCGACCACGCCGGCACCGUCAUGAUCACCAACGACGACAAGGACACGCGCGACCUGGCCCGCGGCGCCUUUUUCCAGUUCAUCCGCGAGUAUCCCCAGAAAAAGGCCCGCUGGGCGAAGCAGCUCGACUUUAUUGUCGCCAACCUCAAGUACGACCGCGAGGGCGGUCGCCUGUCCGUCAUGGAGAUGCUGCACCUGCUUCUGAUGAAGGCGUCGGACGAGUUUGUGCAGCAGGUGGCGUCGACGUGCUUCCUUCCGCUCUUCUUUGUGCUCGCCAACGACGAUAGCGAAAAGUGCCAGGCGUCGGCGGGCGAACUGAUCAAGGAGAUCUUCCAAAAGGCGGAUAGGGAGCGCAUACAACAGUUUCUCACGUUGCUGCGCUCAUGGCUUGACAAGAAGGAUAACCUGCCGGUGCUACGACUGGGCUUAACGGUGUUUGGAUACUACUUCGAAGCCAACGAAGAUGCCGUCAAGAACCAAAAGGACUACAAGCUUGUGCUGUCUACAGUGGGAGAACUACUGGCUCAGGAUAUUGCAGAGCUGGAUGCCGAUCUCGUUAGCACCAUUAUUAGCACGGUGCAGCUGUUCACUGUACAGUACCCUGAGCGCAUCCUCACGCCCGACGACGAGCCGCUGUGGAUUAAUGUUGCGCUCUGUCUGCAGCACGAGGACGCUAAUGUGCGCCUGGUCACAAUUCGCUUGAUUGCUGUGUAUCUUGCCGAUUUCGCCAAGCAAAUUGGCAGCACGCCUCCAGGACAAGCCCUCAAGGGAUCCUACGGUCUCACGCUGCCCGUGGAGAAGCUGCAAGACUACGUGCGCCUAAGCUUGAACGUGCUGGGCGGCACCCAAGUUGACGAGGCACUGGCCAAGGAGGUCACGCAGGUCAUCAUCUUCCUUGGACCGCGCCUUGCCGACGUACCUAAGAAGACCGCAGAAGACGAGGCUGGCGGCAACGAUGAAGAAGAGGAGGAGGCAGCCGACCAAGACGAGGAAGAGGUCACCCAACGGCCCCGCGACAUUGGCUACCUCUUCUGGCGCCUAUCCCACAUCCUGCGCAAAGAGAUUCGCCCGCGCUCCUACGCCCUCGUGCCCAAGACGCACGCCAUGGAGGCCCUCGAGACGAUUGCGCGGCGCAUUCCCGUCGCGCGCCUGCGCCCCUCCUUGCGCAAGGUGCUCGAGCCGCUGCACCACCUGACGGACCCGUCCAUCCCCGUGCCCUUUAGCGCCGAUGAUGAGUUCCGCGCCCGCCUCGAUGCCAUCAAGACGCGCGCGCAAAUCAUGCUGGACGCGAUGCAGAAGAAGUUUGGCACGGCAGAGUACACGCGCCUGCUGAUGGAGGUGCGGGAGGCGGUGCGCAAGCGGCGCCAGCUGCGAUCGAGCAAGCGCAAGAUUGAGGCGCUCGCGCAGCCGGAAAAGUACAGCCGGGAUAAGCGGAAGAAGCUGGACCGCAACAAGGAGAGAAGAAAAGUGCGGUCCAGUGAGCAAAAGACGAUGCGGCAGACGUACAAGACGUGGUAG